GUGGCGGAGAGCAGUCGUAAAACCUGGGACCUGCUCACGGAAAACCGUGGCCACUGUGGUGUGCAGCUGCGGAGAUGCGCGACACGCGAAGAGCCAGCGGAGACGAGGGGGAGUGGAGCGACGUGACAUCACCUGAGAUGCCCCCGCGCGCCGAGGAACACCGUGUCCGCCGCGCGCUCCGGACAUAAGAGGACAGACCCCAAACGCGAAGACGCUCGGACCGCGCAUUGAUCCGAGCAGUGCCGGGGACGGGAGGGGUCGGUCAUGGGCAACGAGGCGAGCCUGGAGGGGGGCGACGGGCCGCCGGCCGGGCUCCCGGAGGGGCUGGCACCCGACGGGAAGGGCGGCUUCGUGCGGGUGUCCGACGGCACCGCCGUCGACCUGGGCGCACUCAGCGAGGAGCAGAGGAGGCAGCUCGCCGCGGCGGUGUCAAGGGCGCAGGGCGGCGCAGCGGCUGCACGAAGACCUUCAGAAUCCGAUGCCCAACAACGAUCCCAGCAGGUAGGGGCCUCCAGGGGCCCAACAGGUCUCAGUAAGAGCCGAACAGUAGACGCCUUCAACCAGGGUCCGCCUGGCAAGCCCGCGCCGGGCCGCAGCCCUUCGUCCCUCAGCCUUUUUGAGUCCAGAUUCCGGCAGGAGCCAAAAGACCCCGACACCAAGUCAUCCGGCAUGUUUGGCUCCAGCUUCCUCAGUGGGGCCAACCCCCUCAGCGCCAUGUCGUCUAUGACGUCCUCCGUCUCCUCCUCCAUAACCUCCAUGGGCGAUACUGUCAACAUGCCCAAGUUUGGACUGUUUGGGGAUGAGGAGGAAGGAGAUGCGUCUGGAGCGCCGGAGUCCAGGCAGGGAGGUAGGCCAACAGGGAAGGGCCCUCAGCAAGGACCGGGUCCAAGGGGACCACAACAGGGAGGACCCCAGAAACAAGGUCAAGGCCCCCCUGGACAGGGGCCAAAGCCAGGGCAAGGACCCCCUGGGCAGGGACUGAGGCAAGGUCAGGCACCUCCAGGCCAGGGACCUAAAUCAGCUCAGGGUCCUCCUGGCCAAGGACCCCCUGGGCAGGGACUGAGGCAAGGUCAGGCACCUCCAGGCCAGGGGCCCAAUCCAGCUCAGGGUCCUCCUGGCCAAGGACCCCCUGGGCAGGGACUGAGGCAAGGUCAGGCACCUCCAGGCCAGGGGCCCAAACCAGCCCAGGGUCCUCCUGGCCAAGGACCCCCUGGGCAGCAACCCAGGCAAGGUCAGGCACCUCCAGGCCAGGGGCCCAAACCAGCCCAGGGUCCUCCUGGCCAAGGACCCCCUGGGAAGGGCCCCAGGCAAGAUCAGGGACCGCCAGGCCAGGGGCCCAAAACAGGCCAGGGUCCUCCUGGCCAAGGACCCCCUGGGCAGCGUCCCAGGCAAGGUCAAGGACAGCCAGGUCAAGGACCACCAGGGCAACAGGGCCCCAAACCAGGACCACCGGGUCCAGGUGCCAAACAGGGUGGUCCUCCCCCACAACAAGGACCAGGGAAGCCCGGACCCAAGCAGCAAGGGCCACCCGGCCCCGGGGCUCAUCCUGGGGAGCCACCUAAGAGCGGAGGGCCCGAAAAGGCUGAAGGUGGACUCUGCCCACUGUGUAAGACCACCCGGCUGAACACCGGGUCGAAGGACCCUCCUAAUUACAGUAACUGCACUGAGUGUAAGAACCAGGUCUGCAGCCUCUGUGGGUUCAGUCCCCCGGACUCGGCGGGCAAAGAGUGGCUGUGUCUGAACUGCCAGAUGCAGCGAGCGAUGGGCGGUAUGGAUGCCCCGGGCAUGUCCAAGCCCAAACAAGGCUCUGCCCCGCCCUCGCCCCAGAGACAGGCGCCGGGCAAGCCUGGCAAGCUGUUGAUUAAGCAGCAGAGCACCAGCGACCAAGGGUUAACGCCGCCGACCACGCCAAGGCAGAAAUCCCCCGGUCCAACCUCUCCGGGACCACUUUCCCCGGCCUCUUCAAUGGGAUCCCCCAAAAUUGACCUCAAGACUGGUCGUCCCAUUCAGCAGAAGUCCACUCCCCAGCAGUCUCCAGCGAAGGCCAAGCAGGAGUCCAGCUUCUUUGGGGGGUUGGGAGGUAUCAGUUUGGGAGGCCUGACCGAUGCGGCUAAAUCUCCCGCGGCUGCCGAGUCCGUCACAGGGAAACUGUUUGGCGGUUUCGGCGGUUUGAUGGAAUCGUCAAAGCCUCAAGCGCAGGCUCCGCACAAACAGGAGGAGUCGGUGGCGGGGAAGUUAUUUGGAGGUUUUGGAGGUUUGACGGAAUCAAAACCUCCCGCUGCUGCUUCUCAGAUGUUCAGCUUUGGCUCGUCCUUCCUGAGCUCAGCCACCAAUCUUGUCACCGGAGAGGACGAAAAGGCGGCGGUUUCUCCGCCCGACUCGCCCGCUGACUCCGGACCAGGUUCCCCUCCUGACUCAGGCCCCGGCUCACCACCUGACUCCCCGUUCUCUGCGCCUGGAUCUCCCCCUGAUUCGGAUUCUGCUCCUGACACCCCACCUGCCAAAUCCAAGAAACCCCCCAGAACCAUCUCUGUGGAGCGGGAAGAGAAGGCCCCAGCCGUCCAACCUGCACCUGCCCCAGCCCCAGCCCCAGCAACCAAGGAAGGCUGCCCCCUCUGCAAAGUGGACCUGAACAUUGGAUCAUCAGACACGCCGAACUACAGCUUCUGCACCGAGUGCAAGAAGACAGUGUGCAAUCUGUGUGGAUUCAAUCCCACUCCCCACUUGGGAGAGAAAGAAUGGCUUUGCCUCAACUGUCAGACCCAAAGAGCGAUGUCCGGCCAGCUGGGAGAUGUUCCACCUCCACCUAUGGCAUCCCCAAAGAAACAGCCACCUGCCCCUCCUCCCUCUGCUACCCCUACCCCUGCUGCAGUAGAUAGCAAACCCGUAGAAGCAGCAGAGCUUACCCCACCGGCUCCCGAGUCCAAGGUUAAAACGGUGGAGACCUUGAAUGAGCCUGGAGAGAAAGAAAUGGCUGCAAAGGAGGCCAGUCCUACCAGCCCAUCAGACAUAGCAAAGCUUGAAAAUACAGUCCUUCCCAUUCUUGCGGCCCAGGCAAACACACAACCAAAGGAUGAGGAAGAGAAACUAACAGACACACUGAAGGCCAGACGUAAAUUAGAGGUGCUUCCUCUCUCAUCUGAUUCGCCAAGCUCAGAAGAUGACAGAGAGCUGUCUGAGAAGAAUACAAUGGGUACCACCAAGAAAAAGCUCCUUGUGCCCAUGGAUAUCAGGGCAGAUUCCUUGGAUGACAGCAGUGAAAGCUUUGGCAAAGAAAGUCCAAUGUCAGGAGAUGAUGAGGAAUUUAUCCGAAAACAGAUAAUAGAAAUGAGUGAGAAUGAGGAUGCUUCCCCAUCUGAUGAGGAAAACCUAAUCCGAAGAAAGAUUAGAGAGGACGAAAAGAAACAAAUGGAACAGAAGAAAACAGAGGCUGUAGAGAGAAGCACAUCAGGAAAAGCCAGGCGACUUACCAAGAAAAGUACUAUAAGUCCGGACGAUGAAGAAGAUAAGCAACUCCAUAGCUCAUUGGAAAAACCUGAUAUAGACAAGGAGGGACCACAACUAAAAGAAGAAGAGCGUCAAAGUGGUCCAGCAAUUCGUAAAUUCCAAAGUAUGGAGCUGAAUGCAACCAGCAGCCCUGUGCGCAUAAGUAAUGAUGAUAAAGAACCUGAUAUGGAAAGCCUUACUGACUCCCCAGAUGAUAAGUCUAGAGGUGAGGGAUCAUCCAGUCUACAUGCAUCCAGCUUCACUCCUGGGACAUCCCCAACAUCCCUCUCAUCACUGGAUGAAGACAGUGACAGUAGCAGUCCCAGCCAUAUCCGUUCUGAUGAGGGUAAACAACACAGGAAAGCCAAACACAGACAACCAGGUCAAAUGCUGCCAACUAUUGAAGACUCUUCUGAGGAAGAAGAGUUACGGGAAGAAGAGGAGCUGCUCAGGGAGCAAGAAAAACAGAAGGGCUCAGGGAAAAAAUCCAAGAAAGACAAAGAGGAGCUUCGAUCCCAGAGGAGGCGAGAGCGUCCAAAGACACCACCAAGCAACCUGUCCCCCAUUGAAGAUGCUUCGCCAACUGAGGAACUGAGGCAAGAGGCUGAAAUGGAGGAGAUCAGACGAUCGUCCUGCUCUGAUUUCUCCCCAAGCAUUGAUUCAGAUCCUGAAGGUUUUGAAAUCUAUGCUGCAAAGGUCGCAGCAGUUCAGAAAACAUAUCAACUGCCUUUAUCAGUAUCUCUCCACUCCCCAACAGAGGAUCAAAAUACUGAUAAAAAUACACAGAAAAAAUCUCUAAAAUCUGCAGAUGAGGCUUAUGAGGAAAUAAUGCUGAGAGCUAAGUCACCAACACUUGACAAAUGUGAGAUUCAACCAGAAAAGGAGUCCCUUUAUGGAGGCAUGCUUAUUGAAGACUAUGCUUAUGCAUCUCUUAUUGAUAAUUCAACCACUGAUUUGGGAGACCCAGAGAAGAUUGUUGUUCCGGCUCAGCCCAAAAUGCUGAGAUCCCCAGAUGAAGUUUAUGAAGACAUGAUAAAGAAGAGGAAGGAAUUUAUGCAGCUGGAGCAGGAAUAUCAAAAUAUGACGCCAAAACAGACAAGCACUACUCCUGAAAUUGUGUUGCAACUGGCUGAAAAUACCAUCUCCAAAAGCAGUACUGUAACACUGGGCAAAGACGGAAAGCCAUUGCUGGAUGCUGAAACUGCCUAUGAGGAGUUAAUGAAAAGAGUGCUGACUCCUGGAACAAGUCCAACUCAGCAGGAGCCAGAGGUGGAAGCCACUGCAUUUAGAAGGGCACUUCACCCCAUCCCAGACUUAAAAGUGACACAGUGCUCUUCAGGAGAGGUGUCUUCCGAUGAUGAGAGCACAGUUAAAAAAGAAGAGGAGAUACCUGUAGCAUCAGACACAACAUCAAGAAAAGAAACUGAGGAUGUUACUGUGUUUUCUGAGUCUUCUCUAUCAUCAACAUCGGCGCAACCUCACACUACAAUUGCAGCAUCCCAGGCUGAUGUUGUGGACCUCUCUAGUGAACUACCCAGAAUGUCAACCCCUGUGGUUGCCAGUGUAUCACCCUUGCCCACGGUCCCCCAGUACACACCCAGUAUUCCCAGCAUAGUGUCGACUGCCCCGCCUGUGCCCCCUAAGCCAAGCGUACUCCGUAGGGCUAAUUCUCAGGAAACAGCGGAAGUACCUGUUGCACCACCACUGCCUCCUCCCACCCCACCAAAACCUACGGUUUUCCCAAGGAAACCUCCUGUUCCUCUUCCACCUCAGGCUUCACCAACUCCAAUCAGACCAGAAACAGUGGCUAUGACUACAAGCCAAGGAUCACCUACAAGACAAGCAGUUACACCAACGUACAAACCUCACGUUCCCCCUCCUGUUCCCCCAAAGCCAUCAAUUCCUUCUGGGAUUGGUGAUAGCCACAGACCAGGACAUAGUGUCAAACCACCAAUUGCACCAAAGCCUGGCUCACAGCCCUCUUCACCUGCCCACACCCCACAUCCACCAAGACCCACGGUACUUCCCACUGGUUCUGCUGACAUUGCCCUAAAUCUGAGCCCCUCUUGUGAGAGCAAGCCGUUUCAACCCUCACCAAAGUCUCCUUCUUCUCCAAGAUAUUCCAGCAACCUUCGUGACACAUAUGUGGUCAUCACUCUGCCAUCUCAGCCCAACUCUCCAGUAGACAGUGUCUCAACUCAAGCUCCCUCUAGCCCUGGCCCAGUAUCCCCUUCACAUCAAGUUCAGCCCCAAAGUUAUUACCGACCACAGCCUCAAUCUCAAUCAUUUCCACAGCAGCAGCCACAACCAACUCCUUCUCAAACAACCAGGGUGCCUCUGGCAUACACACGAGUCACACAGUCUAUUGAGAAUCAAGAGAUUUGUGGCCCAGAGAAACAUGUAUCUAGUUCUUGUCACAUAAUUGAGGCUAUAUCUGCCUCAGCUCAGCCACCUGUUCACAUGCCAAACCUCAUCUCUCAAGUGGUCACCACAGAGGUUCAAAGGACAACUGUCUCUGUGGUUCAUGAAAGGACACCACCACCAGUGCCAGCUCCAAGGGCAAAUGGUGUACCAAUCUCGAUGGAGAAACCCAAGCCCCAAUUGCCUGCACAGAAUGGACAGACCGUCCAACCUUCUGAGGUGGUAGAUCUUAGGACUAUGAAGGUUGACCCAGAAUCAGACAUGAAUGGUGUGGAUCUGUCUGCUGCCCCAGACUCAAGACGUCAUUCCUUUGUGACUGAUGUAAGUCGUCAGAACAGUGCAGUGCAGUCACCUGUGGUCAACCUCAGUGCUGAGUCAUCUACUGUUUCUAUUGUUACUGAUAGUAUCACUAUUGUGACCUGUGCGGCAACAAUCCAGCGAUGUGACAAUGCAGAUACCUCUCAAGCAUUUUCAGCUCCCCUUCAGCUAACAAAAAAUAAAGUGUUUGAGCCUGUUUCUCAAAUUAUAUAUCGGCCAAUUGAUUAUCAGCCCUCCACUCAUGUUGGUACAGAGAUCCCUAUUAACCUCUCGGUUGGAUCAAGCACAAGUGUAGGAACUUUCCAGACCACCCCUGUCAUGACUGCACCAACAUCUGUUGCAAGCUGUGUUGCCAAUGGAUUAAAUACUGGUACAACCACAGUAGCAGGAGCUGUUGACCUUAGCACAACAAAACCAUUCAACACUGUGGUAUCCAUGGAUGGUGCUUCAACAGAAGUGGUCACAGCUGUAAUCACAGAUGAUGAUGGCAAGCCAGUGGAUCUGACUGCUGGAAAAAGAGCUGUAUGCUGUGAUGUGGUAUAUAAGCUCCCAUUUGCCGGGAUCUGCACUACUCAGCAAACUUCUACACCUCUUCCUGAAGACCGUUUUGGAUAUCGUGACGACCAUUACCAGUAUGACAGGUCACCUUAUGGAAUGAGAGGGUUUGGUGGAAUUAAACCAUCCAUGUCAGACACUAACCUCGCAGAAGCUGGCUUGUUCUUUUAUAAGAGUAAGAACAGCUAUAAUUUCAGUGGCACAACAGAGGGUGCAGUAGAUCUUACCUCAACAAAGAUUUCUGAUGCAGGUGAAGCUGUUGACUACUCCAAGAAAGGGACUUAUGCAGGAAUGACAAUUCCACCCUAUUCGCAAGCCAGAGUUACAAGUGCUGUCGGUACUCUCUUUGGUACAAGCAACGUCUUGAGGUCAUCGAAUGGCGUGGUCUAUUCCUCUGUUGCAGCCCCAAUCCCAUCUACAUAUGCCAUUACCACCCAACCUGGAUCCAUCUUUAGUACAACAUACAACUCGCUGUCAGGUAUGCAUACGAGUGACACAAUGCCUUCCCUGUCCAACCUCCAGAACUUGCCACUGACACGGUCCCACAGUUUCCUGUCCACUAUCUCCACUACUGCAACAGAAGAACAACGAGAAGCCCCACUCAAUCUGGAGAUCUCUAGAGGGGGUACAUCUGCUGUCGAUUCUGUCAGGACAGCCACAACCUCUUUGACCCUUGACACUUACACCGAUGCAUCCCUGGAGGCCAUAGCUGCUUCACUGGAAGCUCUGUCUUCACCUAUGGUUCCUGGAGAUGGCCAAUAUCAGGCAGAGCGUGAGAGGUUAGAGAUGGAGAAACUCAAGCAGCAGCGCCUGGCUGAGGAAUUAGAAUGGGAGCGCCAUGAGAUUCAGCGGUUCCGUGAGCAAGAACAGCUCCUUGUACAGAAAGAACUGGAGGAGCUGCAGGUCAUGAAGCAGCAGAUCCUGUCCCAACAAGAAGACGAAAGACAGGCUCACCUAAUGAUGCAGAAAGAAACCUAUGCCCAACAACAGCAGCAGCUUGAGCAAAUUCAGAGACUCCAAGAGCAACUGCGUCUACAACUGGAAGAGCAAAAGUUUCGUCAGAUGUAUCCAGGUGGGGACAUAGGGCAUGGCGUGCAGGAGGCAGUUGUCUUAGGACCCGAUGGCACAGUGCUGGCCAGAAAAAUCACAGACAGUGGAUGUCAGACAGAUGAAGAGGAUGAGGCAGUCAGCAAAGCUUACACAGCAGGGAGAAAAAAGAAAAGUGUUAAAAAGAGUGUUGACAGUUGUGUACAGACUGAUGAUGAGGAUCAAGAGGAAUGGGAAGCUCAGACCAGAAGCAGACAGAGCCGGCCACGCACGGCUAGGGGUGAUAGGGGAGGGCAGUCAGAGAUUUCUCUUCAAGCCCAUACUGAAAUAUCUAUACAAACAGAUACAGAGGGGAACAUUAGAAUGGACACCAGGUUGGACCUUUCUGACUCUGAAAGGACCUCACCAAAGAAGAGACCUACCCCGUUAGAAAUAGGCCAGUCUCCUAACCUCAAAGUUGAUUCCGCUACGCUUCAAGCCCAUCCUAAAUCUCCAAAUGUUCUCUAUUCCCCUAUAUCCCCAUGUAUAUCACCUAGCAAAUCCCUUGAGUUUGUUUCCUAUGAGAAAUCGCUGGGUGAUACAAGCCCGCAAAAGCUAAGAGGAAGUACAGAGCCUUUAAAAACCUCUCCAGCGAGUCCUAGGGGACCCAAAGCCAUGCAGAGAUCCAUGUCCGAUCCUAAGCCCAUGAGUCCAACAGGAGAAGAAAAGGCAACAUCUGGCACUCAGUUUGGUGAUAGCUAUACUGGGAAAGGUUCAGGAGGCACACCAACAGGCACUCAAAAGAAGGUGAAGAGGACUCUCCCCAAUCCACCAUCAGAGGAUGAGUCAACAACCAGUGGCCAGACAGCAUAUAGUACUGGUUCUGCUCGCCGAAGAAUGUGCCGCAAUUCCAACAUGGCACGUGCCAAGAUCCUACAAGACAUCGAUCGUGAACUAAAUAUGGUGGAGCGCGAGUCUUCCAAGCUCCGUAAAAGACAAGCAGAGCUAGAUGAGGAGGAGAAAGAGAUUGAUGCUAAACUUAGGUACUUGGAGAUGGGAAUAAAUCGGAGAAAAGAUGCACUCCUGAAAGAGAGAGAGAAGAGAGAAAGGGCCUACUUACAGAGUGUGGCUGAAGACAGAGACUACAUGUCAGACAGUGAGGUUAGUAACAUCCGAGAGACUAGAGGUGGACGUGGAGGUGAAGAUGAAGAGAUUGAAGGUCAUGGUCUUGAACGUCCCAGGACAGCUCCUCAGUCAGAAUUGGAUGACUUUGUCCCACCUCAAACUACGCAUGAGUAUGGAAAAUAUUCACAGUAUCAAUACCCUCAAAGCCAAUACCAGCAAACUCUCUACCAGACGCCCCAGUCCUACCAGUCUCAUUCCAUUUAUUCUUCUGUCCCCUCACUCAGUAGCUCCCAGCAACAGAGUUACCAUCAGAUGCUAUUGCUGCAGCAGAAAGCUGCCAGACAAGCAGCCCUUCUCUCAGAGCUGGAUGCAACUAAAUAUGAAAUCAUUAGUCGCCAGCCUGAUCCCACAUCAGCUUUUUUGGGAGUCAAGUAUGACAAAUAUGGCAACCAUCUUGAUCUCAGCGCCUUAGAUGUCGGAAGUAUAGCAAGUAGCCCCAUGUCAAAUGUCUCUGAUUCCUUUUACACAGAUGUAGAUCACCACACACCUCGGAGUUACAUGCUACUGGAAGAUGCUGCAGAGCUGGCUAAGGGCUCUACAGGUCUGUCAUCAUCAUAUAGUCUGGCUGAGAGGGAGUUAGCUAAGGCAGAGAAACUGCUGCGAAGGAGUGCUGCAGAUCUGGGGUCCACUGACUAUCUGGGAUCCACCUCCAGACUCCAUACAUAUGGAAAGACCCCUGAUGAAGAGGAUACAAUGGAGGAACCAUAUGAACUGAAACUCCUGAAGCAGCAGCUCAAGCAAGAGUUUAGGAGAAGUACAGGUGGGACAGAAAACUUAGAACAACUGACAGGUCUCUCCCAGCACUACUAUACCCCAAGCACUGCCAUCUCUAACUACUCCCAAAGACACUAUCCAAAGACAGAUAAGUACAGCAUCAGUCGCCUUACACUAGAGAAGCAGGCUGCUAAACAACUCCCAGCGUCUAUGUUGUACCAAAAGCAUAAGACUCCGAUCUUAGAGCCUAAAAUCUCUUCCAAGUAUUCCUCUAUUACAGACAGUAGAGGUCUAGAAACAGACUAUACCAGCUAUCUGGGAUCUACCAGUGCAUCUCCAAGAUCCAGCCGACUUAUGCAGGAUGAGAUUACCUUUGGUCUUCGUAAGAAUAUUGCUGAGCAGCAAAAGUACCUUGGGUCAACCUUGGGUGCCAACUUGGCUGGGUCAUUAAAUUUGGGUCAGAGCUUGGGUUUGGACUCUGCUUAUCCAAGUGGAAGUCGCUCAAGGCCCUCAUCAAGGCCCACGUCUUGCUAUGGCCUGGACUUGUCUAUCAAAAGGGACCCCUCAAGCUCCUCACUGAGGCUUAAAGGGGAUGGAGAAUCAUCAGAUGUACCAAGCUAUCAAACCCCCUCUGGUCGCACCAAACCCACCAGCCUUCCGAUUGUGCAAAGUGGACGUGGCAGGAUACCCAUAGUUGCCCAGAACUCAGAGGAAGAGAGUCCUUUGAGUCCUGUUGGGCAGCCUAUGGGCAUGGCCCGUGCAUCAGCAGGACCUCUGCCACCCAUCUCAGCUGAUUCAAGGGACCAGUUUGGUUCAUGCCUGUCCUUGCAGGACUCCCAGCAGCAGCAUAUCAGGGAAGAGCCUACCAGGGGUAGGGGUUAUGUGCUUCUGGAUGACCUUCAGGGCACCAUGUCAGAUAGUGAAGCCCUAAGUGAUUCCCUGAUGGCUUUGAACAGAGAGGAUGCAACCAAUGCCUACCACCUUAGACGAGAAGAGACAGAUUGGUUUGAAAAAGCAAGAGAUGGGCGUUUGGAGAACGGACAAGACAAGAGACAGGGAAAAGUCCCAUACUACCCCUUCCCUCACCUCAGAGUCAAACUGCAGAGGGAUCCCAAAGACCGCAGUGUUUCAGGAAAUGGUCUUGGUAUCCGUGUGGUUGGAGGGAAAGAGGUCCCUGGCAGUAAUGGAGACAUAGGAGCUUAUGUCGCCAAAGUCCUACCUGGUGGAGCCGCUGAGCAAACAGGAAAGAUUCUCGAAGGAAUGCAAGUCCUGGAGUGGAAUGGUGUUCAUCUGACGGGGAAGACGUACGAAGAAGUUCAAGGGCUCGUCGGACAGCCGUGUAAUGACGCCGAAGUGUGUGUCAGACUUGAUCUCAACAUGCUCGCUGAGUCAGAUGGUUCCCAGCAUUUGGAUUUCCACGAGCACAGCAAAGGUGACAGACCUCCCAGGUCUCCAGGUGUUGACCCCAAGCAGCUGGCGGCCGAGCUGCAGAAAGUGUCACAGCAGCAGGCUCCCACAUCCACCUCCUCCUCGGGUCUGCCCGCCACCACCUCGGCAACCUCCAGUCCCGCUCAGCCAGGAUCGCCGUCCAUCAGCAAGAAACGCCACAGCAGCAAGACUACGGAUGGAUCGAAGACCCAGUCCCACCCCAUCUCUGGAGAGAUACAGCUCCAAAUCCACUAUGACAAGCAGCUCGGAAACUUGAUCGUCCACGUCCUGCAGGCCCGAAACCUUGCACCGCGGGACAACAAUGGCUACUCUGACCCGUUUGUUAAAGUGUAUCUCCUGCCAGGGAGAGGUCAGGUCAUGGUUGUCCAGAACGCCAGUGCUGAAAACAAGAGGAAGUCUAAACACGCGGGCAAGAGUAUCAACCCCGAGUGGAACCAGACGGUCAUCUAUAAGAACAUCCACCUGGAGCAGCUGAGGAAGAAGACCCUGGAGGUCAGCGUGUGGGACUAUGACAAGUGCUCCUCUAAUGAUUUCCUAGGAGAGGUCCUCAUUGACCUGUCCAACACGGCCCAGCUGGACAACGUCCCGCGGUGGCUCCCCCUGAAGGAGCAGAGCGAGGGCGACCACCACCGGCGCUCCCACUCCGGCCAGAGCCGACACGGUUCCUCCAAACCCUCCUCGCUGCAUUCCUCCCCGAAAACCGCCGGCUCCGCACACGACAUUAAUCAGGAUUCCCCCAAAUCAUCCGUCAUCAAGAGCCGCAGCCACGGGAUCUUUCCAGAUCCGGCGAAGGACACGCUGGUGCCCACUAUCGAGAAAUCUCACAGUAGCCCUGGCACGUCGAAGCCUUCCCCGUCCGAGGGCCAGAGACAAAGCCACAGCCACGGACACAGCCAACACUCUCGCUCGCACGGCGCUUCGCGCUCCAGCAAAAGCGCCGCACGGCAACACCAUCAGGACACUGGCGGCACUGGAAGCAGCGGAGGCGCUGCCAUAGCAACGGGCGAUGUCCCGCAGCAGCAGCAGCAGCAGCAGCAGCAGCAGCAGCCGCCGCCGCCGCAACGCCUCCAACCAACUCGCUCAAGCUACAGAUCCAGCGAUGCCCCCGUCACAGCGGCCUCAUUGGACAGCGGCCUGAGUGGCAGCGCCUACAGCUUGUUGGACGAAGAGGCGGAGGCAAACGAGGUGGACAGUGCCAUCUUCCAGGUGCCCCGAUUUGGAAAGAUUCCAAACGGCACUGACGCGAUGAAAUCCUCACUCGGACACGGUGACACUGAAGGUAAAUCCCAGGUAAUGGGGGAGAUAAAGAUCGCUCUGAAGAAGGAGGUGAAGACGGAGGGAGAGCAACUGGUCCUUGAGAUUCUUCAAUGCCGCAACAUUACCUACAAGUUCAAGUCUCCAGACCACCUGCCUGAUCUUUACGUGAAGCUCUACGUGGUGAAUAUUGCCACCCAGAAAAGGAUCAUCAAGAAAAAGACCAGAGUGUGUCGUCACGACCGCGAACCGUCUUUCAACGAAACCUUCCGCUUCUGUAUGAACCCCACCGGACACUCUCUUCAGCUGUUCCUGGUGUCCAACGGCGGCAAGUUCAUGAAGAAGACUCUGAUCGGGGAGGCCUACGUUUGGCUGGACAAAAUCGACCUUCGCAAGCAAGUGGUGAGCUGGCACAAGCUGCUCGCCAGCACCGCCCACAUCAACUCGUAGAAGAAGAAGAAGAAGAAGGAAAAAUCCUCAAGGGCACAAGAAGGUUUUCUGACACCUAGGGUCACUUAGGUCACACGUGUUUGGUGGGGCGAGGGUGGUGGGUGGUUAGGGCAUGAGAUGGGGCCAAACAUACUUUGAGUUUUGGAAGGUGAGAAGGAGUUCAGCUGUGGAUUUCUGUCGUGUAGGACAGCGGGCGGAAGAAUUUUAGGAGUUUACAGGACAUGAACACGUUUACAGGAAAUAGAGUGUACAGUAGAGUAGGACGCAAGUGCGGAGUUCAGAUGGUCAAGUACGGAAUCAACCAGGUAUUACACACUUUCAUUCACUAACACACACGCAUGCACCCACAAUCAUUCACAAUCAUUCACAACAACUUUGCACAUAUUCAUUCACGCAGCAGAGAAAUCUUAAUUUUUAAUAGAUAUAGGGGAUGGACACACUCGCAGAUUGUAAUUUUUGUUUUGGUGUUUAUCCAUGACAGGUUUUCCUCAUUGCUUUAUUAUGACCUGCAGAGUUUUAAUGAUUUACAAAGCAUUUUGAGAAUAAGAUAUUGUGAAGACUCCCCCGGGGAGACCCUCGUAUUUAUUUUUGUAUUAUGAUAUUAGUGUAGAGUUCUAUCAUUUGUCUUCUCCUCAAUUAUUUAAAUACUUCUAAAAACAUACCCUGGGAAGGAAGCAUAGUAUAUUUUACAACACACUACCUAUCAUUCCAGUUCAAGAGGGGGGGGGGGGGGGGAAAUCCCUACGAGCAUGUUUUUUGAAUUUAUGAACAGAAACGACUUAUUGUUCACCUUAAGUUAUUGUUUGAUAAAUGAUAAAUAUUAUUAUAUAUCAGAUUGGACACUAUAUAUUGUGAGCAUGACUCCAUCUAUUUGCAGUGCCACACAAAAAAACAACUCACCUCCAAGGUUCACUUUGUACAUAGUGAAGUGUCAUAGCUGGAAAUGAACUAUAACACAUAUAGAUAGAUAUAUAGAUAUCUUUAUCACAGACAAUCGCGUCCUUAUGAUUGUGACAUAGAGGUUUUUAUUUAUCCACGACGCCCCUUAGAAUGUGAGACAUUUCCUGUUUUGAGAGUUGAGCAUUUCUCGUUUUUUCUUUGUGAGAUCCAAGCACAUUGUUCGAGUCUUACUGUACGUCACUCCUGCUUCGUUCGUCAGGGCAGUCAACUCAACAACGCACGCUUUUGUGGUGUUUUGCACUUUUUUCCUGCUUAGAAUGUAAAAAAAACAACCUUUUCGUCCUGUUAAGAAAUGAGACAGACAGGGAUUUUAUUUAUUUAUUUAUUUAUUAUUAUUUUUUUUAAACCUAUUGGAGGUGAGGAAGUAGAGAGGUGAAUGAAAAAGGGGGAUGACAGGGGAUGUUGUACCGAACAAAAGACAAAUGUGCCGGAAACUAAUCCAUUAAAAAAAGUCAUCACAGUUAUCACUCUUAGAUACGACAAUUCUAUCACCGUAGCAUGUUGAUGUUUUGUCCCAGCGUUUGUUUUUCGUGUCUUGAUGUGUCUUGAUGUGUCUCGAUAUCGUCAGUUACACUUCAAACCGCAAUGUUGUGUCUUUAGAUAUUUAUCAUUCCCUUUUUUUUGGUUGGCUCUUGAGAAAGGUCACCCUGUGUGCUUGCUUGGAGGUCAAGAAGCAGGACAGCUGGUGCGUUCAACAUGUUCAAGUGAAACUACACUUAAUAUCCGAGAGAUUUCUAUGCAACGUCUACUGUACGAAGGUGGUAACUGCAUGUUGACUCGCCAGACGUGUGACACUUUCCAGGAGAGGAAACAUUUGUAUUGAUUUUUUCUUUUGCACCGUUAUGUUCUCCUUGAAAUGGUUACUGCUUUAAUAUGAUUUUUUAUUUUAAUGUAUUAUUUUGAAUGGCUAUAUGAAUCACUGUUUAUUGCCUGUGAGACUAUUUCCUAUGUUGUAUUAUAUUUGUUUACAGUACAUAUCAGGUGUACAUAGGGGAGUUGAGGAAUUUUUGUUUUUUAUACACGAUGUAGUGCUUGUUUACAACGUUUGGAGGGCCUGAAACUCAGAGAACCAACAUUUAUGCCCUUGUGCACGAACACACACACUCACAUACGGAAAUCACCCUGCGGAGAUCCCGAAUUUCACCCUAGAUAUGAAUCAGGAUGAGAGAAAAAAAAAAUAACAUUCCUAUUCAAAUGAUCUUUUUCUGCACUCCCCAUUUGAAUAGUUUCGUUUCCCAGUGUGUGUAUGAGAAAUGAGAUAUUACACCUGAAACAGUAGUAGUUUUGAGGUCUGUGGUGUGUGUAAUUUCCUUUUUCUUAUUUUUAUAUCCAUGUGCUUGUGUGUGUGUUGCACCUUCAUGCCAAGUCCAUGCAUGUCACCCUUCUUUAAAAGUGUUGUCUGUCUAAAAAAAAAUUAUCCACUUUAAAACACACAGAGAAUCACACACACACACGCUCACACACGAACAUACAGAUGCCAUCUCUCUAUUUCCAACCUUGUAAAUACACAGCUUUUUAUACUGGGGUUUGGGGAGCAAUAGGUCUUUUAGCAGACGACAACAAAAAAACAAACAGGUGUGUGAUAAUAGAAGUAACAGGAAGUCGUUGUAUUUUUGAUCCGUGUACAGUGGAUAGACUGAGAAUCGACCUUAUGUCUGUCUAUAGGGACCCACAUGAACCAAACACCAAACACUAAAGGUUUACCAGAGUCCAAUGACACAGGCGUCAAUCGUAACAGCUCAAGUAGUUGCAGGAGAAUUUAAAUGUGCUCACACUGGAUGUUGCAUGUUUCGUUGGUGGUUCAUACUAUUUUUGUGUCCAGAUAUUACUAAAGAAAAAAAAAGCGAAUGAGGUAGAGAGAGAGAGAGAGAUAUAGAACAAAAAUGUUAUGGGGGGGUGGGGGAUUACGAAGAAAACUUAUUCAAAUUAUUGAUGAUGUAUGCUGACUGUACAAAGAUUAUGCUUGUAAAACCCGUCUGGUUUUUCACUUGUAAGUAAACAGAAAAAAAAAAAUCUAACGUCAUGGUUUUGUGAUUGUAUACAGGAGGUAUUGAUAAAUUAUGCAAAUUGUGCUGUAAAAAUGGCUGUUGCCCCAUGUCUAAAUAUUAAAUAUCAGUCAAAAUGAA